AUGUCGGUUACAAUAGUGACAGGUGCCUCCAGGGGUCUAGGAGCUGCCAUAUGCAAACUGAUACUACAGAAAGACGACGACGCAAAAAUUGUUGCCAUAGCACGGUCUAAAGAUAAACUGCAGGAACUGGCUGAUAAGUACGGCUCAAGAGUUCUGAGCAUAGCUGGAGACGUCACAGACACAAAUUUGGUGGCAACGGCAGUGCGAAGAACUGUCUCUACUUUUGGCAAGAUUGACUCUGUUGUUCUUAAUGCGGGUGUGUUGGAGCCGGUCCAGCACAUCAGCGAGCUGGAUAUCGAGCAAGUGAAACGGUUAUACGACGUCAAUGUGUUUUCUGUGAUGGAUCUGGUGAAACAGACUAUACCAUAUGUACGGAAAACCGAGGGAAACUAUCUCUUUGUGUCAUCUGGUGCGUCAACGAAGGCGACAGACGCAUGGAGUGCGUACGGAUCAUCGAAGGCGGUUAUCAAUCAUUUUUGUCUGAGCGUUUGCGCAGAGGAGCCAAAAAUCCGCACUAUUUCUAUUGCCCCGGGCGUCGUCGAUACGGAGAUGCAGAAGGAUAUCCGAGAGAAGUUUGGUCAAAACAUGAAAUCAGAGGCAUUAAAAAGGUUUACGGAUCUUUAUUUCCAGAAUGAGCUACUGGCUCCUGAAGUUCCUGCAGCUUUGUAUGCAAAUCUCGCCCUGAAAGGAGUUCCAACGGAUUUGAACGGCAAAUAUCUGCGUUACAAUGAUGCAGCGCUGGCAGAUUUUGCGAACUAG